UUGCUACUUCCUUUAAACUCAUCAGCAUUAAAUUUAGCAAGGUCACUGAGUUCAUUUCUAAAUGGAACUGAACUACCAUUUGUUGCUAUUCAAACAAAGGUACAUGUCAAAUUAAGUUAGAAGUUUGUUUUUUUUUUAGUAACAAUCUGAACAUGAAGGUAAAUGCAUAAGCGAAAUGACUUGAAAAUUUUAUCAGUGUUUUUGUUCUAUUUCAGAUUGCACCAACAUUGUUUGUUGCCCUUUCAACGAUUCCACAUCUAGCACAGAUUUCCUACACUGGAUUGAAUGGCUUAAUGUUUUCAUAUUAUAAUGAUAAGGACCAAAAGGUAGCUAUAUUUUCCAACACUUCCUUUUCUUUAAACUGGUAUAGUAUGCCAGUGAACCGUGAUACUGGGAUGUUAUAUGGAGAGGCAGUUGCUUCAAAAGCUAUGGUCAGAAUAAAUGCAAGCUUGUUUCAGGAAGCCUUGAAUCGGACGAAUGGGUACUCUUCACUAGGCAAAGGAUGGAAUGGGGCUCAAGAAAGCCUAUUUUUUACCACUGUUGCUAUGGAUGGAAGGGGUGUUAUAUCUGUUGGAUUUCCAGCUGAAGUGGUUGUUGAUCAUUUUGCAGCAUUAGAUUUUAAUGGCGGGUAUUUUCACUUGGCUACAGCUGACGGGGAUGUGAUUGUGCAAACAAGGCUUCCAAAUACUGAGAUAAUAGUAAAAAAUAGCACAGUUUCUGUUCAUUCAUUGAAACUUGAUGGUGGCCAGAUACGUAGUCUAGGUAACUUUUCAUGUGUGUCUGCUAAUGGGAAAUUAGGAUCCUUUAAUGGUAGAAUCAUGGGAGUGAAGUACACAUUUUAUUGCUCCACCAUUGGGAUUGCUGGAGUUCAAACAGUAUAUGUGUUAGCUUAUCCCAGGCAUAGAUUGAUAAGCCUCAUCCAAAAGAACAGCAAGCUAUCGUUAAUGCUUCUUGUGCUCAUGUUUAUAUCCAUAGUUAUAGCGCUUGGCAUCUUCAUUUUCUUUUCUAUUAGAGCUGCCAGAAGAGAAAUGUUCUUAUGUGCUGCUUUUGUAAAGCAAAUGAAUGCAACUCAACAAGCAGAGAGAAAAAGCAUGUUCAAAACUCAAACCUAUUUGAGGGCAAACCAUGAUAUUCGAUCGUCCUUGGCAGCAAUCACAACUUUGCUAGAACUUUGUCAUGAUGAUGCCAAUCCUCACUCUGAGUUAGCUGCAAAUUUGGCUCAGAUAAAGACUUGCACAAAGGAUCUCCUAGGCAUAUUAAAUUCAGUUCUGAAGAUGAGUAAAAUUGAAGCUGGGAAAAUGGAUCUUGAAGAAGAAGAAUUCAACUUGGCUCAACUCCUCGAGGAUGUUGUGGAUAUGUUCUAUCCUUUAGGUAUAAAAAAAGGAGUAGAUGUUGUGCUUGAUCCAUGUGAUGGUUCCAUUUGUAAAUUACCUAUGGUGAGAGGUGAUAGAGUCAAGCUCAAACAAAUUUUGUGUAACUUACUCAGCAAUGCUAUCAAGUAUACAUCAGAAGGUCAUGUCUCAGUUCGGGCAGGGGUCAAGAAAAGAAGCUUUGAAAAACAAAUUAUUGCUUCUAAUGGUAAUGUAGUGUUGAAGUGCCUAUCACAGAUGCUCUGCAAGAAAGAAGACUUUGAGGAUGUAAAUGCCCUUCAUAGAGCUGAACAAAAUCUCAACAAAAUGGAGUUUGAAUUCGAGGUCGACGAUACAGGCAAGGGAAUUCCUAAAGACAAGCAAGCAUCUAUUUAUGAAGAAUUCUUUCAGGUUAAGGAAACAGCUCUUGGUGAAGGUCGAGGUCUUGAAGAAGAAGGUUGUGGUCUGGGACUUGGCAUUGUCCAAUCUAUUGUGCGCCUGAUGGAUGGAGAAAUAGGAAUUGUAGAGAAAGAGGCUGGUGAAAGAGGCACUUGUUUCAGGUUCCGUGUUCUGCUAACCGCAUGUCAACCUGAGUCGGCUGAACCUUCAGAAGACUCUCUGAAUGGAUUUCAUCCACAUUUUUCAUUCAUUAGGAACGCUGGGACUAGAUCAGAGGGAUCGCAUUCCCAUGUGAUUCUCUGCAUAACUGGGGAGGAAAGGAAGAGAGUAUUAAAGAGAUACAUAGAGAACUUGAACAUAAAAGUGACAUUAGUAAAGCAAGGGAAAAGUCUUCAUCAAGAGCUUGAAAAGAUAAAGAGCAAGUUGGAUUUUCCUUACUGCAAUCCUUCAGGAAAACCUGAGCUGAGUUUAGCUGACCACCUCGCAAAAUCUGCAUCAACCAAUUCAGAUUCAGGAGCAAUUGAUCCACCUUUCGUUAUCAAAGAAGGAAGUGACAGUAUUUUGCCACAAUAUACAAAGAACAACUCUAGAAGUUCUUCAACAUUCACAGUUGUAGUAAUUGAUUCCAGUGCUGGUAUUUUCUCUGAAUUGUGCUUGGCUGUGGCUAACUUCAGGACAGACAUUCCUGAUACCUUGUGUAAGGUUGUUUGGUUAGAUAAUCCGGUCACGCGUACUCUACCAAGGGAUGAAGAAGAGGUUAGGCUAAUUCCUCCAUGUGAUCACCUCAUAUAUAAACCAUUCCAUGGAUCACGCUUAACUCAAGUGCUACAUUUGCUUCCCGAACGCAAAGGAACAUCUGCUUGCAACUUCCCAAAGUUAAUAAACGGGACGAUAGAACAGGAAGUACUCCUGCAUUCCACGAACACCAAUCCUUCAAAUGUGCAGAACUGCUUGGGGACUGAGUCCGGGACUUCAUCUCGUAACCCCUUAGAGCAGAGAGUGAUACACAAAAAUAAUGGGACAAGAACUGAGAAGCCCUUAAAUGAGAGGAAGAUUCUGGUAGUUGAAGACAAUAAGCUAUUGCGGAAGUUGACAGUUACUAGUCUUGAAAAACUUGGAGCAAAGGUUGAAGUGUGCAUAAAUGGGAAGGAGGCCUUUGAUGAAGUCUGCGGGAUUUUAAAAGAGAAAAAGGAAGGAAACUUAAAUGCUCUCCAUUAUGAUUAUAUCAUCAUGGACUGCGAGAUGCCGGUGAUGGAUGGAUAUGAAGCAACGAGACUGAUAAGACUGGAGGAGAAACAAUAUAAUGUUCAUAUUCCAGUCAUUGCAUUGACAGCUCAUGCCAUGCCUGAGGAAGCGAAGAAGACUAUUGGUGCUGGAAUGGAUUUCCAUUUGACUAAACCAUUGCAAGUCGACAAGUUGCUGGAGGUUAUCCACACUUUAGAUAAUAAAUGAAAAAUAAAAAAGGAUAUUUAAAGUUCUACAAAGUAUGAUCCCUUUCUUUCUUGAUUUUGGUUGGAGCAAUUAGCAUCGAAUUCAUGCAUUAACAGACUUUAUUUGGGAGUUAAUUUUCAAAGAAGUUCUUGCUGUUAAUUUCAUUAUUUCUAUCUUUUCACUAUGUUUU